AUGAAAACGUCAGAACUCAUUGACUCAUCGGGCCAGGUCUGGAAACUGGAGUUCGAUCAAACGUUAGAACAAUAUUACUAUAUCAAUCUACAAACAAAUGCAGUAUCGUUUGACCUUCCAUGUGAAGUCAGCCGUAAACACGAUCCUAUUAAUGCUAAGCAAAGGCGAAAAUUUAGUUCUUUAAAAAGAAAAUCGUAUGACAAUUCUGAGCAAGCUUUAAGACAGAGUCGCAGUAAUGAAUCGAGGAAGAGGUCAGUAAUAUCUAAAAUAAGUUCAGCCUUUUCAUUCAAAACAAAGUCGAGAGAUUCUGCUAGCUCGUCAGAUGAAAAAUACACUGCAACGAAGUAUGACUCUAAUCCACUAGUGUCAUCUGAUAAUUCGAAUAAAACUAGUACGGAAAACAUAGAUAGUAAUAGCAUGUACGAGGCAAAGAUUGAUGAUGAGUAUCUUUUGGACAAUCCUGAAAGUUUUAGGAAUUUCGCAGGUACAUCUAUUGCGUAUUACGAUUCGGAAGUAGACAGUAUAGAUUCAGAAGAAUCAAUACAAUCAUAUUACGUUUCAAAAGACUACGAUACUAGUAUUUACUCAGGUCCAGACUUGGAUUUCGAUAAGAUUAAUGAAAGACGAGAAAUACGAUCCCAAUUGUUAAAAGAGCUUGAUGUUUAA